AUGUCUAAUGUAUCAAUAUUAUCAAGAAAAAUUAGACGACGUGAUCGUACAAAAACAAAUAGUGGUGCCAUAACAACAUUUAUUACAAAUUGUAAUAAACGUCGAUUCGAUGAAAUUAAUAGUAGAAAUUCAUCAGGUAUUAAACGACGAGCUCUAUCAGCAACAUCAGGUUGUGAAAAUCAAAAUUGUUCGAUUAUUUUUAUUAAUAAUCGAGAAAGAUUUAAACCAAUAACAACAAAUGAUUAUAUUUAUGGAAAACCAAAAUCUGUUACAAAAUUUGAAAAAAGCCUACCGAAUGAAAUUUUAUUUGAAAUAUUUAAAUAUCUAUCACAAUCGGAUAUUUUUUAUGCAUUUUUAAAUCUUAAUCAACGUUUUAAUCAAGUUUUACAACCAUUUACACAUCAUAUUGAUUGUUCAAAAUUAUCUAUUAGACAAUUUGAACAUAUUCGAAAUCAUCUUUUUAAUGCUAAAUCAUUGACACUUAAUAAUCAGUAUGCAAUCAAACAAGUCUUUCGUAUUGAUUUAAAUUUACAUCGUUUUCCAUUACUUGAAUGUAUAUCUUUAAUUGAUCCAACAAUAGAUGAAUUAAAUCUUAUUUUUUCUAAACUUAAACAUAUGUCUAUUCGAAUAUUAAAUAUUCGUAUUCAACGACCAUCAUCAUCAACAAAUGAAAUAACUUAUAAAAGUUGUUUACAACAUCAUUUAUUUGGUUCAACACAAAUCAAAACAUUAGAAUCUAUAUCUGUUGAAAUGCAUAAUAAUGAUUAUUUACAAUUUAUUGAGAAAACUGAUAUACCAACAAAUUAUGAUUAUUUAAAAGAAUUAAAUAUUCCAUUAAGAUCAUUUGAUAGUCUUUUAUUACUUUUAGAACAUGUACCUAAUUUAAAAAAAUUAUGUGUUAAAUUAUUUGCUGAUCAAACACCAUUAAAUGUACCAUUAUGUGGUAAACCACCAAUAAAUUUAAUUGAUUUUGAAUUAGAUGUUACAGGAAAUGAAUUAAAUUUUGAUCGUUUUGUUUUAUUAAUGACAAGUCGAAUACGUGCAGCAAAAUUAGAAAGACUAGCUUAUUUUAAUCGUACAACUCUGGAUCAAAAUUAUUUUAAGUAAGUAAAGAAAAUGUUUAUUUCGUAUAAAACUAUUCGACAAUAAAAAGUAGCAAACUUCUCUUACUAUAAAUCACUAAGGAAAAAUAACUCAUAUCGUAUGUUCAUCUGUACUAUCGAUAGUAGAUUAUUGCUAUGAAAACAACUAAACUAUAGUCAUUAGAUGACAUGUUCUAAUAGUCAAUCAUCUGUUUCGAAACGUAUAAGAUUGAACGAUAAUAUCAAUAUAAAAUUUAGUUCAGAUGAUAUUUCUUUAGUCUAUUUUAUAAAGUUCAUGGUUAGAUAUCUGCAGAAUAGUUCCAAUUCUGGUGCGGCCGGGACUUAGAAUCCAACGGGUCCAAAAUUUUCGGACUUGAUCCAACUGAAUCUCGAUAAUCUUAAUGCAAUUUUCUAAUAGGAAUUGGAUAGUCGCCCAGAGGAUAAGAGAUGCUUUUUUCCGGUUUUUUUCGUAUUCAGGAAUUUUAAUAAUUACGUAAAUUUCAUAAGCAUUUAUAUAGAUAAAUGGACUUAGAAGUAGUGUCCUGCGGGAACGACUUUUUUCCCUAAUUUUCCCAUUCCCAUUCCCAUUCUCAUGGGAAUGGGAAUUCCCAUUUAGACUUAGGGAAUGGGAACAUGGGAAUGGGAAUUCCCAUUUGGACUUAGGGAAUGGGAACAUGGGAAUGGGAACAGAAUUAAAAAUUGACGUUCCCAAAAUUCUUUCUAACUUAUUUCAAUACACAUAAAAAUAUUUCUAUCUGAUAACUAUUUAUU